GUAAAAGUACGUAAGUAGUUGAUACUGUGAGAAGACACAUUUUUUAAUUAUGUUUUGUAUAUUAUGUAAGAAACUUACACAUGUUAUAAUAAUGCUGUUGCAGUAAUAAACAUUAGUAAUUCUCCGUAAUAAUUACGUUUCUCGAGUAUAUUUUGCUUUAUAGGACAAAACUACUACUACCUAUCAGUAUCAUCCACUCGGUAAUACGUAAAUAAAUAUUAACUCAGAUAUUUUAUAUACCAUUUGUUAAUUCAUUAUACUAUUGGAAUAAUAUAUGUAAAACAAAUAUUAUUGAAAAGACAACGAUCUGGCUGAAAAAUAACUAAAUAAAAGUAAGCAUUGUGUACACGCCUUUCGGAGACUGUUCAAAACACUCCACUUCAUUCAUUCACUUCUAAAAACACCAUUGCGAAGUGUCAUUCCUUAACGAAGCUGUCUGGGAAAUGUGUUCCCUGACUGUUACAUUUAAAAUCAUUUUUUCAUAUACUUUUAAUUUGAUUUAAUGUAAAGUGUGUUGUGAUAUUAGUGAAAAAGUUCUUGUGCAAAUGAAGUUCUAUGGAUUAUUUAGCGAAGGGAGUAGAGUAAAUCAGUUCAUAUGUGCUUUUUUAGUAAAUGUACCAGUAUUUGCAUAUGGCGCGAGCAUAGGAUGGAUGUCCCCGAUGACUUUGCUCCUGCAGUCAGAUAAGUCUCCCAGAGGGACACCUCUUACUGAUUUCGAGGUCUCAACCAUGGCUGCAGUGGCUUAUCUAGUUUGCAUUCCAGGAGAUUUCGUGAUGGCGUUAUUAGGAGAUUGGAUUGGAAGAAAGAAAACUCUUAUGCUGAUAUCGGCUUCCUGUGUCGUAACUUGGGUGACGCUCUUGUUUUCUACCGAAGUGUGGGCGCUCAUCUUGGCCCGAGCUUUCGUGGGAAUCGCCAUGGCGGGUGCUUACGUCACUUGUCCAAUUUAUAUGAAGGAAAUUAGUGAUGACAGUAUACGUGGGGCUUUAGGUUGUCUUAUAGUUGUAUCUCACACGACAGGAAACCUGUUUCUUUAUAUCAUCGGUGAUAUUUUAAAGUAUCGGACAAUUCUAUGGAUGUGUCUUUUUAUACCGACCUGCCAUCUGGUUUUGUUUAUGAUGAUGCCAGAGACGCCUUCGUAUUUAGUUAAAAAAGGAAGAACUGAGGAAGCAGUCAGGGUGAUGGCUUGGUUGAGAUGUAAAAACGCUACCGAUCCGUCCGUUACAACAGAACUUCAAUCAUUGCAAAAAGAACAGAAAAAUGAUGAAGGAGCCAAUAAGUUUUUGUUGAAAGCAAUUUUCAAAGAUAGAACCUUGUUCCGAGCUUUCCGCUUAGCAAUGGCCGUCACCUUAGCACGCGAAGUGUGUGGUGCGGUACCUGUCAUGAACUUCGCCGGUGAAAUAUUUGAAAUAGCCUCUGAAGAAAAUGGGUUAAUUCUCAGUCCCAAUCAGCAGGCAAUGAUGUUGGGUGCCGUACAAGUAGCGGGCUCGGCACUGGCCUCUAUUAUCGUGGAGAAGGCCGGCAGAAAGUUUAUACUUUUCACAACAUCCCUGAUCUCUGGGAUAAGUAUGUGUGUCCUUGCUUCCUGGUUUCUGGCCAAGGACUACGAGCUGUAUUUGCCUAACUGGUUGCCAAUACUCACGCUUUGUCUUUGCAUCUUUUGUGACUCAUCAGGACUAGCGCCAAUGUCGCUUGUUAUUACUGGCGAAAUAUUUUCAUUCAAGUAUCGUGGAACAGUUAUGGCAACAACCAUGGCCACUGCGUCGCUUGCCGACUUCUUCCAACUUUUAAUUUUCAAACCUCUGGUGAAUUCAAUCGGCAUUCACGCUGCUUUCUAUUUCUUUGGCAUCUUUUGUAUAUUAAUGUCUAUAUAUGUAAUAUUCUAUGUGCCAGAGACCAAAGCAAGGAGUUUAGAAGAUAUUUACGAUGAUCUUAAUAAAAGUAAAAGAAAAACUAAAGUACUGACCGAAACUUAA